CGCCUCCGUGCAGGCCCCUCCCCUUUGUUUUGAGGCCUUCAAUAGUCCGGACUGCGGCCUUUCCUGAGCACGGCAGCUGCUCGUCCUCGCACCAUUGUGGGGCGACCGCCCGUGUACGCGUCCGGGGGUGGCUGUGUGCAGUGCACUGGGCAAUGCAGGCGGAGGUGGAGGGCACCUGCCCCUUCGCGGAAGACAGUUUCAGUCGGUUUUCUUCUCAAAGUAACAUCUACGGGCUGUGCCGCGCCGGCGAGCAAGAGCUACUUGCCGCCACUCUUAAAGGCAAAGUCGUCUGUUUCAAGUAUCAGGACCUCCGACAGAAAAUCCGUCCCGUUGCCAAGGAAGUGCAGUUCACUUAUAUACCGGUGGAUGCAGAGAUUGUCUCGAUUGACUCCUUCCUGAGGUCUCCGCCCAAGAGAGGGCUGGUCGUGGGUAUUACCUUUAUCAAGGACUCUGGGGAUAAGGCCAGUCCUUUCCUAAACAUCUACUGUGACUAUGAGCCAGGGUCAGAGUUCAACCUGGAGUCCAUUGCACAGAGCUGCCUGAACCUGGAGCUGCAGUUCACACCCUUUCAGUUGUACCACUCCGAGUGAGUACUGAAAGACCGCAGGAGGAGAGAAGGAAGGAGGGCAGUGAAUAGGGAGAAGGAGGGAGGGAACCUUGCCCAGGGCCUGGUGAGCUCGGCCUGCAGGGCAGACUCUGCUCUUCUGAUCCACGUUCUCGCCCUCAGCGUGCUGUGGAUGGAUGUGGUCAAUGUCGGGGGCUCUCUGCGCCUCUCGGCCUUCGGCUGCCAGAAUGGCUGUGUGGGCGUGGCGCUGGUGGACCAGUGCCGGAUUGAAGUUCUCCAGAGCUGGCGGAUCCAGCACGACAGCCCCAUCUCCACUGUGCUGCUCUUCCCGAGUCUGACUGGACCAGGCUCAGAGAGAGACAGUGAGAGGGAAGCAGACAGUAGUAACUACAGUCUGCUGGUGACCAGUACCAUUGAGAUGGCCGUGGUGUACAGAGAUGUGCUGCUCCGCGGUCUGAGCGAUCCAGCCGCCCUGCCGGACAGCGAGCAGUUUGACGCUGUGCUCUGUGCUCUCGUCACGGAUGUUGAUUUUGAUGGUGAGGCGGAGAUGCUGCUGGGGACCUAUGGACAGGAGCUGCUCUGCUAUAAAUACAUCCUCCCUGAGAGGGGGAGGGGCCUGGGGACUGAGGGGCGGUUCCAGCUAGUAUGGAGGCGGAGCUUCCAGAGUCCCCUGCUUUCACUUACCUACCUGGACCUGACUGGAGAUGGACUGAGAGAGCUGGCCAUACUGACACUGAAGGGGCUGCACACAUUGCAGCACGGUCUGACACGCACAGCUGAUCUUGUGCUGCAGCGUCUGGCCAGCAGGGAGGUGCUGUUACACUUUGCAUCAGACCCCCAGGAGCAGCUGGAGGGAGACAGCAGGGAUAAGCCUGUCCAGGACCAGGAAGGCACUGCUCUGUAGCCCAUGGGGGGUGGGCUGUUGUUAGUACUUUACUCUGACAUGGCACUGGCACUGAACGCUCAAGUCAAGUCCAGUUCACCCCUGUCUUUCCUUGUGUAUUUUAUGUAAAGAUUUUAUUCUUUUUGACAUUUUUUUGUAUUGAAUCAACGUUGCCAACAUUUGUGAAACUGCAUUGCUUGAUACAAUUCCUACCUUAAACUCCCCAUUAUGCCUUUAGAGGAUUUUGUUCUGGUGCAAAAUUUGCACCAGUUUUUCUAACUCCCAUGUAAGUGCUAAAACUAACAAAAAAUCCUAAUUUAUUACAAUCCUUGUAUAUGUAAUAAAUAUAAUAAUUUAA